GAUGAAAAUACUGAGAGGGCAUCAGAACUGGGUGUACAGCUGUGCAUUCUCUCCUGACUCUUCAAUGCUGUGUUCAGUUGGAGCGAGUAAAGCAGUAUGUGUCAAAGUUCUUACACAUUCCCUAUGAAUUGAAUUACGAUGUAUGCGUAAUCAUUUUAAAUCUAAGUAACCUAAUAAGUCUGUGCUCGGUGUCAUGAAUAUCUUAAUUGUUUUACUUCAUGAUGGAGAAUUUGCAUGAGGGAAAUUAAAUACAGUUAUUGCUUGUGAAGUGAGAGGUUUGAUUGCUCUUAGAGAUAAUAUUUAUAAAAUAAGGAGUAAAUAAAAUUUAUUUUCUGCAAGACUUAGGAAAGUUUAUGUGCUAUAGAUGAGUUCUAGUUCAUGUUAAGACAUUCCCUUGCUAAUUAUUUUCUUCUCUGUUGUUCUAUUUUUGUCCAGUUUGCUGUUUUUAAAGUUUUGAGUCCCAGCUGGUCCUGGACAUUUAACUGAAAAAGUAACAUAAUAAUAAAAGCACUCAUGUAUGUCCUAGAAUGAAUUAUAGAUGAAACUUAAAUGUUGUCUGUCUUAUGUAGCGUACCUAUAGACAGCUUAAGUCAAAUGACUUUUAAGAGGGUUAUGCUAUUUAUUGUUAAACUAGAGCACUGAGUUAGUAUAGUUGAAGGAAUCUUUAUAGCUUCGGGUACUUAUGAAAAGGUUGAAGUGCAAAUACAUAGGGUGAUCACAAUACACUUUGAAUUAAUGGGGGGUGGAAACUAGUUAGUUAAAAUGCAUUUUAUUUAGCAAAGAGGUAUGUUAUAAUGAUAGUUAGAAAUGUUGAACGUUAAGAACAAAUAGUUCAGUUCUUUAAGUCAUAAAACAACAAAACUAGAUAAUUGACGUUGCUAUUUUAGGCUGUGUGUUUUCCAUAUGCUUCUUGCUUUCCCUGUCACAGGUGGUGGCAGCAAUAUUGGUGUGAUUGAGGUUAUGCUGGCACCACUCGCACACAGGCGCACAAUGGUGUUAGCUGGGCAGAAAGAGUGGCAUCUCUGGCUACCGGGCUGGGGGCGACCUUUACCAUAGGAUGAAGUAACCUUGCAUUCGGCUGCAAGGUGUACUGUACGUACACAGGUGCUGGUCGACGUCCACUUUCUGCUUUUCUUUCUUUCUUUUUUUUUCUUUUUAAAUAUAAUUUUCCCCACAGUGAAAUCCACUGACUCCUCCAAGUAAAUUGAUCUUCCAGUUUGAUGGAAGUGGGAGUCUUAACAAGUGAAACCAAUUUAAUUCGAAGUAAUUGGCUUUUAAAUGGUUUCUCUGUUUUACUUUUUGGAAGAUGCUGGAUACCUUAAGUCUUUGAUCCAAUUUGAAAUUUGUGCUUGCUUGCUUUCUUGGAAAUAAUAUGUUGUGUCUGUGCAGAAAAAAAGUAGAAAAGGAUUCUUUUACUCCCAGGAGGAGAGAUUAUUAUAUUAGGAUCAUUAUGCAUUUCUAAGUUCACGUUUAAUAUAACAUUGAAAUAAACAUUAGAAUCUUAUUUCGGGCUAUUCUGCACAGUCUAUUGAUGUUUAGAAUCUGAAACUGUAUGUGAACUUGUUCUUAAGUAAUUUAACUGUUUUAUACUGAAAAUAACUAAUGAUUGUAGUUAGUUUGGGAAAAAUAAUUGGUAUAAACCUUGAUUCAAAGAAACACUGUAAUUAUUUUCAUAAAAUAGCAUUUCAUAUUGUAAUGUGGUUUAACAUCCUUGUUGUUUGCCAAAGAAAUUUCAUUUGGCUGUGAAAAUUCUCUUUGCUUGCAGUAUCUGUUUCUCUUCCUAGGCUCACGUUGGUGAUCCAAGCCUAUUGUAAACAAGUGAUUAUCUCAAAGGGAGAUGCCAAUGGAGUAACAAUUUGUUAACCUUACAUUUUCUGUCUGUAUAUUUUUUAAAAAUUUGGUAGUUUCUGGAAAAGAAAAGGGGUUUUCCUUUGGAAUAUGGAUAAGUAUACCAUGAUACGGAAACUAGAAGGGCAUCACCAUGAUGUUGUAGCUUGUGACUUUUCUCCUGAUGGAGCAUUACUGGCUACUGCAUCUUACGAUACCCGUGUGUAUAUCUGGGACCCACACAGUGGAGGCAUUCUAAUGGAAUUUGGGCACCUGUUUCCCCCGCCUACUCCGAUAUUUGCCGGAGGAGCAAAUGACCGAUGGGUACGCUCUGUAUCUUUUAGUCAUGAUGGACUGCACAUUGCAAGCCUUGCUGAUGAUAAAAUGGUGAGGUUCUGGAGAAUUGAUGAGGAUUGUCCAGUACAAGUUGCACCUUUGAGCAAUGGUCUUUGCUGUGCCUUUUCUACUGAUGGCAGUGUUCUAGCUGCUGGGACACAUGAUGGAAGUGUGUAUUUUUGGGCCACUCCAAGACAAGUUGCCAGCCUUCAACAUUUAUGUCGUAUGUCAAUCCGAAGAGUGAUGCCCACUCAAGAAGUCCAGAAGCUGCCAAUUCCUUCCAAAGUUUUGGAGUUUCUUUUGUAUCGUAUUUAGUUGCCUUUGUUUUUCUAAUACUGGGAAUUGAACUCGGGACCUUGUGCUUGCCAGGCAGGCUCUGGGCCACUGAGCUACGUCCCCAGCCCUUAUAUCCUGUUUAGAAGACUGCCUUCCCUAGUAGUAGGGACUGACAGAAUACACUUACCAUGAACCUCAAGCUUUACUGACGAUGUCUCUGUUUUUAAAGGUUUAGAAGAUUUAUUUAAUUUGAUACAUUCUUGUGCUGCAUUUUACCAGUUGAGCUUUUAAAAUAUUAUUUAUAGACUAUAGAAGUAUUUCUGAACAUACUAAAUGUAAAUUUUUUUAGAUUAACUGUGAAAACAUAUACAUAGAUGUAUGUAUUUAGACAUAAGCUGCUAUGUGUUGAAUGGACCCUUUGCUUUUCUGAUUUUUCUGACCUGUAUAUUCUGCUUCAGUAGAACCAUAACAUGUAUCUUUGUUGUAAAGCAGAAGGAAAAUUUUUUAAAAUUUGGGACACUGAAUUUGGUGAGAAAUAUUGACUUAAGAAACCUGAAUUGCCUCAUUCAAAGUGAAUUUGACUGGGGCAGGAGCAGACUGACCUAGCUAGUGAAACACAGGUUUUGUGUAGGGAAAGGAUUUUGUUUUCCUUAGAAUGGCAUCUGAGAGGUGGUAAUUGAAUGUGACAUUUUUUUAAAAGCCAAGAUAGGGGCCAGGAUGUAGCUCAGCUGCACAGCACCUACCUGGCAAGUGCAAGGCCCUGAGUUUGAUUCCUGGUAGCAAAGAAAAAAAAAAAAAAGCCAAGAUAAAAACUAGAAAAGGAUGUCUUUACCCCAUUAAAUACUGCUGCAGGCCUUAAUUUGGGAAAACAGCUUGCUACCUUACUCCUGUGGCAUAACAUGUUAUAUGUUUUAGUUAAUUUGAGAAAUCUACUGUAUUAUUAAAUACCGUGUUUAUACUAAGGGACAAUUAUUUUAAGACCAUUUUUUUUUUACCACAUAUUCUGUGUUUUUGCAGAGGAUAAUAUUGGUACCUCGCCAAAGAGAAAAUACAGUAUACUUGCUUUUUGCCUUCUGUUAUUUAAGACUGUAUGCAUUAUGUAAAAUGCUUGAUUAUAUAUUUUUGUUGAGUUUUUUUAUUAAAGACUUGUAAAAAAAAUA